AGAAAGCAAAAAACAGAGAAGGGUCGAGAUGUUUAGAGAGAGAAAGGCGAAAAGAAGCUCUCUGCUAGGGUUCAUCCGUAACACCCCCUCAGGCCACCACAUCUGCUCUUCACCGAUCAACAAUUAAAGAUACUAUAUACAGAGACACUCAGGAGAACCCCUUCGUGCUCUUCCACCUCCACCAGCUUCGCGAUAGCUUCUCCCAGUUGAAGGGCAACAUCCAGUGCGACAUUCCCAGGUGCCACUCUCAAACACGUUGUGGAAGGGGCCAUGGUGCCACUGAGGAUGGUCGAUUUUUCUCUUAAAGGCUUACGACGCCGAAUUGGACAGAAUCAAGAGAAGACUCAGCAAAGUGAGUAGAAAGGGAGAAAGAGGCCGAUUGACCCAGAAUAAUAAAAAAUUGACAUGACACCCAGCAAAGAUGUGGCUCUCAAGAAGUGUUAGGGUUUAUCUUCUUCCUUCCAUUGCCAAGUUUCCUCCUUUUCUUCCAAUCCACAAUUCCCUCUUUUGCUCUCACUCUCACUCUCAAACUUCCUUACACGACGAAGCCGUCUCACAAUUCAAUCGCUUGCUUCAUCAGCGUCAUGUUCCUCCCAUCUUCGAAUUUGGAAAGAUUUUGGGAUUUCUUGUGAGGAUGAAGCGGUACCCUACUGCUAUUUCUCUUAUUAAACAAAUGGAGCUUAAGGGAAUUCAUAAUAACCUUGUUACUCUCAGCCUCCUCAUCAAUUGUUUCUGUCACUUACAUAAAUUGGGUUAUGCUUUCUCUGUAUUUGCCAAAAUUCUUAAACAGGGUUAUCAUUCAGAUGCCAUAACCUUAAACACACUCAUGAGAGGUCUAUGUGAUAAGGGUGAGAUCAAGGAAGCCCUAAAUCUUCACGACAAAGUAGUAGCACUAGGAUUUCGGCUUGAUGAAUUUACUUACGGGAUUCUAAUCAAUGGAUUGAGCAAAAUAGGAGAAACUGAAGCCGCAAUCAAAUUGCUCAGAACGAUUCCAGGUCGAUCAACGGUAAUGUACAACAUAGUUAUUGACUCCCUAUUAAAAGAGAAACAACCAAAAAAAGCUUAUGAUUUGUAUUCUGAGAUGGUUAUCAAGGAAAUUUCUCCUGAUGUUAUUACUUAUAGUAUUCUAAUUUAUGGCUUUUGCUUAGUGGGACAGGUAGAGGUAGCAUUUGGUUUCCUAAAUGAAAUGAUAUCAAAUAACAUCAGGCCAGAUGUUUAUACCUAUAAUAUAUUGAUUGAUGCAUUGUGUAAGGAAAGAAAGCUAGGAGAAGCCAAGAAUGUGUUAGGUGUGAUGGUGAAAGAUUAUGUGAAACCUGAUGUUUUUAGCUUUAAUGCUCUAAUGGAUGGGUUUUAUGUAGUUAAUAAAGUAAAGAAUGCGAAACAAGUAUUCAAUGCAAUGACCCACAUGGGAGUGAGUCCUGAUGUUUGGACCUACACUAUCAUGAUAAGUGGACUCAUAAGGAACGAAAGGGUAGAUGAGGCCAUAAAUCUUUUUCAGGAAAUGCAGAAAAAGAAUAUAGUUCCAAAUACUGUGACUUACACUACUCUUAUUGAUGGUUUAUGCAAAAUUGGAAGAAUCUCUCAUGCUUGGGAUACUUUUUGUGAGAUGCGUGAUAGAAAUCAACAAGCAGACAUAGUCACUCAUAAUUCCUUGAUUGAUGGUUUAUGCAAAAAUAAUCGUUUAGACAAGGCAAUUGAAUUAUUGAGGAAAAUGAGUGAGAAUGGAGUUCAGCCCGAUAUGUGGACUGCAACCAUACUUAUUAAUGGGAUGUGUAGAGGGGGGAGACUUAAGAAUGCACAAGAGAUUUUUCAAGAUCUUUUGAAUAAAGGUCACAAUCCUAACAUCCGUACUUAUACAGUUAUGAUCAGUGGUCUUUGUAAGAAGGGUUUGCUUGAUGAGGCAUUGACCAUGUGGUCCAAAAUGGAAGACAGCGGUUGUUUAUCUGAUGUUAUAACUUUUGAAAUAAUCAUCUCUACUCUCUUGAAGAGUGACCAGACUGAAAAGGCAGAGAAAUUUUUUCACGAAAUGAUCUCUAGAGACUUGUUGAAAUGAUGAAAGGUUGAGACUUGUUGAAAUGAUGAAAGGUGACACUGUAUUUGAAUAACAAUGUGUUUGUCAUAGAAUGUGCAUGAAUGGUUUGUAAAUUUUGUGAUAUUGUUAGUGGUUCCUUGAGGAUUCCUUCAUCAAAAGAAUUGCUUUGGAUUCAAAACUUGAACUUCACUGCCUUCCCCAAUUUAGUCAAUCUGGUUCUAUAUGGAAUAUGGGUCUCAGUGGAAGCAUCCCACAGAAAUAGCCACACUUCCAAACCUUAAUUACAUUGACCUAUCCAGCAAUAAUCUCCAAAGGUUCAAUACCACUACAACUUGGUAAUUCCACACAACUGCAGUUGUUUGAUAUCUCUAAUAAUUCACUAAGCGGUUCAAUCCCAUUUACUUUUGCUCAACUGAUGAACUUGGAAACUCUUUAUCUGGAUUCAAACAAACUUGAAGGUAACAUUAUAUUUCUCACGUAAUUUACUCAUCUUUUUCUUGUCAAUAUAGGAGAAUAUGAAUAUCUUUUUCUCACUCACGAAGGUUCAAUUCCUCCUACUUUAGGUCGAUUGCAUAAUUUGACAUAUCUUUUCCUUGAUUCUAACCAAAUAGAAGGUCACAUACCCGAAGAAUUAGGGAAUUUGCCCAAAUUAGCAUUUUUGUAACUUUCUCAUAAUAAAAUUUCAGGUUGAAUACUCAUUUAAUACUUACUUUGGGUUAAAACUAAGAGUUACUGUUUGGUGCCAGUAGUUUGAAAAGUGAUAAAACUAAACACUCAUCAUAUAGUUUCAUGGAUAUUUUUGUGGAAAACCAAAAGAUUAUAUAGUUAGAAAUAUUUUGAUUUUGCGGAAGGAAAGAUGUAAUUUUCUAGAUGACAUACAAAAGUAGCAAGGCAUGUAUUUUUUGAAUCUGAGUGCAGUUUGUUUAGGUCGGGACCAAAUUAAAUUACAGCCUAGAGGAUACAUUUAUUUUCAAACGCUGAUAUAUCCCAAGGCAAUUAAAUCAUGGCUUCAAUCUCAUACAUUUAUUGCAUAGCAGUAUCCAUAUGGAAUAAAGAGUUGGGGUAAUUAAUUUGAAUUAAUAAUUUUAGUGUGUUGUUCUCAGAAUAAGACUGUCCUACUGUCCUGUUGUGAUGUUUGAUCAUCAUUCGGAUUCUCAGAAUAGCACUAAUGCAGAUUGUAGAAAUUUGGAAGGCAGGGUUACAAUAACUAACAAACUCUUGAUUUAUUUAUUUUGUUUGUGGCAUUUGCGUUGCAAAAAUUUGGUAGAUGUGGAUUGGACAAUCAGGUUACUUUAUUCUUAUAUUUGGUUGCCUUCUAAAUAUUAGUUCUUGAAAUAGUGGGAUUUGGUUCUUGAGUUUACCACAGCGCUCCAUGUGACAAUAAAACUAGAGUCUGGUUGCUUCAGUGGCAAGUGGAAGAAAUAGAGAGAAGGUUUAGCAGUUAUGAAUUUGAAGAAAUUGUGGUUAAGAAUGGCUCUGUUGUGCCACUGGACAUAGGUCCUGCCACACAGUUGGACAUAUCUCCUGAAUUUGGAAUCAAUAUUUAGCAUCGAAAGAGACCGAGAAGAAGGAAAAUGUAGGGUGUGGAAAUGGAGCUUUUGAUAGAAGUAGUCUGGAACCAUUUGGCAUUGCAGACGACCAACUUUCUGAGCUAACACCAAUUUAUUUCCAUCUUUCUAGUACUACUACCAGUUUAACAUCUUCCUUCUGUGUUGAUGUCAUUUUGGAAAUGAUUGUGAUUUCUUUGAUGUAUUUUGAAUAAUAUUUUAAAGAUUUGAAAUAGUUUAUGUAAAUUUCUUAACUUUGAGGUUUUGAUGAAUGAUGUUUUUAAGUAUCACCUCCUCCCUCCAUGUAUUCCAUUUUAGUCAACAUUUUUGAACGAAAACCAAUAGUAUGUUCUUCAAAUGAACCUAUAUUAGCAUAGCUAAUGAUACCCUUUCUUUAAGUCUCUUUAGCCUCAACAACUAUAACUGGUACAGUUUUGAAAUGGAUCAUGUUACUUGAUACAAAUGAGACAGAUUAGGAUAUGAAUUUUUUUGUCCACUUCCUCUCUUGUUCUUCGCUUUAAGGCUGUAUGAAAACUUGUUAUGGGGAGAUUGAAGUUCUUGCAAUCUAAUUCUAUCUCCUCUCAGAUUUCUUAUUUACAUUGUGACAGAAUAAUCACUAUCUCAUCAUCAACUUCUAACUACGGAAUGCUGUAUAGCAAUGAGUUUGAACUACAGAAAGUUGAAGUAUAGAUAAAUCUGAAUAUGUAACAUCGUCAUAUAUAUACUACUAAGUAAAAUAAUCAGGUUUUAAUAGAAAAAUCCAAUGAUUGAAAAAUAAAAGACUUCAAAUACGAAUGGGAAUGUAACAGUGGGAAAAAAAAGA